AUGUUCGACUCUGGCGACUUGGCCUACCUGGCAUCUUGCGCGCUGUUGCAACUUGUGCUGGUGGUCAGGUCCUUUCAAAAAGCCUGGCAGGGGCGCCAGCGCAUCGCAAAGACAAUGUGUGAGCUGCCGGGAUUUGCCGCAGGCGUUGUGAGUCAGUUUAUCAGAAAGCCCGGCGAGUCAGAGCGGGUUCUUCGCACGCAGGUCUCCCAGUUGCAGCUGGAGUUUGCGCAGUCUUACGUCUCCGUGGCAGCGGUUACUUUGUGCCUUUCGCUUUCUGUUUUGCAGAGGAACAUCCUUACUGGCCGUCCACUGUUCCUAUCACCCUUGGCCAUUUGGAAUGGGUUGCUGUACAACUUUUCACUUGUUGCAACUUGGCUGCCCUGCAUCCUGACGGUGCGCACGCUGAACCUCUGGUACUUCAUUUCCCACGUCUUCGUGGCUGUCUGGCUCAGCCCCAGCGGAUGCGCGGCAUCCCACGUCUUCUCUGUGCGGCUUUUUUGCCUUGUGGUAAUACAGGUGCCAUCGCUGAUGUUUGUCCAGAGUUGGCUCAUGGCGUGGCUGGUCCACUUGGGCGUGGCCGCUAUUGUCGUGCUGCGGGCGCUGCUCGACGUGGAAGACGCUGGAGACACCAUUUUCCGACACCCGGGCACCCUCGUCGGAGCCGAGUUCGUCAUGGCUGGCUGCGUAGGCAUCCUGGUUCGCUUUGUCUACAAUGCCUUCGAACAAAGAGUCGCGGCACGACUGCGUGAACACCACGUCUCCUCCCAGCUGGAUGCUGCCUCUGGCUUGCUGCAGCUGACCUGCGAUGCGGUGAUGGAGCUGGACGAUGACUUGAGGCUCAGAGAGCACAGCCCCAAGUUGGCUGCCAUGCUCCUGCGAGGUGGCUCUUCCACUCAAGGCGUGCGGUUCUCCGAAUUCGUCGCAAGAGAUGAAGCAGCGAGAGCGGAAGAGAUUCUCAACUCUGGAUCCCACGAAUCCAGCUCCGCAGCCCAGGCGUUUCACACGCGUCUGGUGGACAGCUGUGCCAGCAAGUUUCGCACUGAGGUUUUUCAAGUCAAGUACCAGCUGCCAACUGGGCAGACCCGCCAUCUCAUUGGCCUACGUGACUUCACAGAUUUGCAGUCGCUGGCUGGAAACAAGGCAACUGAUGCAAUUCACGACGUGGAUGACAGAGAGCAGCUUGAGCUUUAUGACGGUCUCAGCAGUUUACGUGGGCAUUCUGAAACUGCAACUGAGGACAGUACCCAUCCGUUGCAAGCAACCUGUUUUUCUGAGGAUUCCGACAUGGACGCAGGGAGCUAUGGCGACCAAGGGAUCAUGGAGCAAGCGGUGGCGCUGCAGGGCAAGAACAUAUUCCUUGACCUAGAUUGUCAAGCCAUGCAGGUGUGUGCUGCUUCCGCCCCUUUGACAUCUUUGAUUGGGCGCGGCCUGUCAGAAGUCUUCGUGUACAACUACACACUGGAGCUAUGCAUGAAGCUGUGGCGCCAAGCCAAGCAGAGCCAUGAUUUGCCAGACAAGAUGGUGAGCUUCGAGCGAAUGCCGCUCUUUUGCUUGCCCCGCACCAUUGAAAUCUCGGGGAUUAUGCAAUUGUCAAGGACUAGCCUGGGGGACCUGCAUGUGAUUUUGAACUUUAGGCCCUCCGCGCUGGUACAACUUUAA